AUGCACUAUGCUUUGCGUCUAAACGGAUGUCAGUUAUUGCCAGGCACAACUGUAGCACUUCCUUUAUAUUUAAUUCAUCGCCAUCCGCAUUAUUUUCCUGAACCAGAAAAAUUUGAUCCUGAUAGAUUUUCUCCUGAAAGAGCUAAAGGAAGGCAUCCUUACGCGUUUGUACCCUUUAGUGCAGGCCCUAGAAACUGUAUAGCAUCGCGAAUUGAGACGAGCGUGGAACCGGGAUGGGCUGUCAGGCUUACACUGUACGCCGUGGCGCACGUGAUGUGGCCGGGAGACCGGCGAUUUGUCACCGUGGCGAGUGCCGAGUUCAGGCGCACACGUGUCACUCCCGACAGACAAAGGGCGAGUUUUGAGUUAGCUACUGAGCACAGAGGAGUAGCAUUAAAUAAACACUUGAAGACAACAAGAAUCGCAAGAAGACAACAAGAAGGAAAUUUUAAUCCUGAAUCCGAUUGA